AACAAACAGAUGUGAGGGGCUCUACUGCCAUCUAACGGUCAACUUAAAAUACUCACAUCCGUGUUGUAUUUUCCUGCAUGUCCAUCUCGACUACGGGCAUACAUUUGUUAGGUAAAGCAUGGUUUCCAAUAACUUGAUUGGGAUUCCGUGAUUGUAGUUGUAGAUCUUCUAGCUUAAAUUAACUGAAUGCGUUUUCGCCGAGUGGAGCUGGUUCUUUGUUUGCCUUUUGUCUCGCUUUCACAUGACAUAGGCCUACCUUCAUAGAAACAUAAGUAUCUGCUGGUCAAUGUUCCCUUGAUACUUUGAUGCGCGGUCCUUGUACACAUCCCUUACGCGAAUAUCAACCAUAGGUGUCAACUAUGACCGACCGACAGAGGGAACUGCCGUCUUGGAUGUCGCUAAAGGAGAAGGCAAAACCAAAUCAGGCAAUGACGAACAUUAGAAAAGUUUCACGGAGGUGAAUGGAGACAGAAGGCUGGCAAGCGCUAUGAGAAUCCAGGACUGUUCUAAAGAAAUAGAAGAGACUUUGGGUGAAUCCUCUAGCUCCUAUAAUCAGGACAGAACCUACAUUUCAGAGACCGACAUGGACACUGUAGAAGACGCACAGACAUUAUCCCCCCACCUAUAUUUCUCUGGACAACAGUCUGAAGGUCAAAGACAACAGUCUGAAGGUCAAAGGUCAUUACAGGCUCGAGACUCUCAGAGUCCGGUUGCACCUGAAACAGGCCCCACAGUGGUCGCUGAGUCUCCGCCCACUGAAGUCGAAGAGGACGACUCAUUCAAGCUUGUAAGGGAAAUCUUCUUCACAAAGGAUUAAACUCUGUUCCAGGACACGCCUUAGUUAUUGCCUAUUACUGUUAUAACCCUUAUCAACUUAAAAUGAUUUGGUAAUUGGUAACCCUCAUUAGAAACAUAGUGAACUACGUUGUUACUCUCCAGAACAUCUGGGGUGUGUUGUUUGGAGUUUCCUGUUAAUUGCGAUGGAAUGGGACCAUGGCACUCUAGACUUCCAUGUUUGUACCGAAGUCCAAAUAGAGAAACAACAAGCAAUGGCACUUUAGCUAAAUUGUAAUUAUUUUAUUUGUAUGAAAGCCAUAAAAGAUUAAAAGAUUGUAAAAUCAUAGGGUGGUCACUGUCAAACACUGGUAUACGUAAUGCCAUAAUUAUUUUUUAAUUAACAGUAUUGUAUCAUAACAGUUUGAAAGGAGCAGCGAUUUUGUUAGAAAUAUCUGUGCAAAAAUAUAAUUUCAUGAGGUUGAAACGAGAAUACAAUCAUCAACACUGGUGGAAAGCAUGCUUUCUUUAAUGAGGGUUAGGGUUCUUCUUCUUUUUUUUGUUGUUGUUGGUGAUCGAGCUACCUCCACAACACAUAACUCAGAUACGUUGUAACGGCCAACUCAGCGGUUACUAAAACACAGCAGUAGUAGUACACUGAUGGACUGGCAUAGGCCCAGUGGAGUCCGACAAACCAGACCAAGCCCAGUAGGCUGAGGGCGCUGGCGGCAGCCUAGCACAACGUGCUGAGCCGCAGCACGCUGGAGUACUCACCGUAUGAUAGCAGCGAGCUCAGUAGAGCAAAUGGCACAAGCACCACAGGGACGUAAAGACAAAGGAUAACGGCUGGUCUUGAUAUGAUCAUAGUUGUCUCAAAAGCUCUGAUUACGACGGUCGAUAUAAGUGCUUGGCAAGAUAGUAUUUUGCCGUGUUGUCCCUUUCAACAGAAAUUGAAGAGACUUAUGGUGACUUCAUCGGAAUUGAUGAAAACAGCUGCCUCAACGACGAGGGCGAAAAUCAUCUCUGUCAAAAUAAUGAGGAGAGCGAAAGACAGCGAUAGCAACCUGCAUGUCGUCAUUUUAGCUGAGAUCACACACGGGAAGAUCUAUUAAGACAAGAAAAACACAAACUAAAUCAGGAUAGCUUAUUUGAUCAAGAAAGGGAUAUACAAAUAUUACUUUUUGUACAUUAUAACAAACCAUAUAUUAUUUAGCACUGUAUUUUAAUAUUGGCAUUUUGAUAAAAUUCGAUAUUAAAAAACAAGAGUGGCCUACAAAAUAGACCUUUUACUCCACCUAAACAUACAAUAAUACUUUUCACUUUAAUGAUCACAGGGAGGGGGGACUAUCAACUAUAUUUAAUUCGAUUUUAACUUACUGCGCAGAUGGACCACAGCGUUAACUGGAAAGGUCUGUUUAGUUUCACUAUUCUGAUGAUUAUAUCAGCUGUGAGUUGUUUACUUUGUGGAAGGUGUGACUGCCCCUUUCGGUUUGACCAUCGCCCUUUGCACUUGGCCAUCGAAUAAUUGAUUUAUAAAAAAUGUUAUCCAUGGGUUCAUUACCUUUUUUAGACAGGUAUGGAUCUAGUACAGAUAAGUUGUUAAAAGGGCGGAUUUGAGUCGUUAUACUUUGAUUUUUUUAGACACGCCAGGCUUCUAUCAGAUACAUGUAGGCUAUAUCCUAGCUUUCUGUUAUCUGAGGAUGCUUCCAAUGUAUCUUAGGUCACCUGCCAAACCUUGCCAUAUAAUAUUGCAAUGGCAACAUCUGGGGUCUGUUUUUUGAGUUUCCUGUUAAUUGCGAUGGAAUGGGACCAUGGCACUCUAGACUUCCAUGUUUGUACCGAAGUCCACUGUCCAAGUCAAUCUUAGCACAAACAAUUACACUUUAAGAUGUAUGUAGUCUCUUGCCAAUAAUGUGUUCCCCUUAGCUAGGCUUUCAAUUUCAUUGAUUGCAUAAGGAUAUGACCCUUAAUUAUCAAAAUUCAAACCAACCUAGACAGGAGUUUUUUAUUGUAAACAUUCAGAUGCAAACACUGCAAGAUCACAUUAUUGUCCUGAACUAGAGAAAUAACAAGCAAUGGCACUUUAGCUUAAUUGUUAUUAUUUGUAUGAAAGCCAAUAAAGAUUCCAAGAUUGUAACAGCAUAGGAUGGUCACUCAAUGUCCCACACAGGUAUACAUAAUGCAUAAUAUAUUUUUUAUUUACAGUAAAGCAUCAUAAUAGAAAGGAGCAGCGAUGUGUUAGAAAUUGUGUGCAAAAACAUCACGAAGUUGAAAUGAGAACACAGUAAUCGACUGGUGUACAUGAAAGCUUGCGCUCUAAUGAGGGUUAGGGUUUGUGCUUUUCUCCAACCUUUUUCUGUUUACUGUGUAGUUGAUCGAGAUUCCUCACCACCAACACAGAACUCAGAUACGUUGUAACGGCCAACUCAGCGGUUACUAAAACACAGCAGUAGUAGUACACGGUCAUAGCUGAUUGACUGGCAUAGGCCCAGUGGAGUCCGACAAACCAGACCAGGCCCAGUAGGCUGAGGGCGCUGGCGGUAGCCUGGCACAACGUGCUGAAUCGCAGCACGCUGGAGUCCUCUUCACCGUAUGAUAGCAGCGAGCUCAGUAGAGCAAAUGGCACAAGCAUCACAGGGACGUAAAGACAAAGCAUGACAGCUAUUCUUGAUAUGAUCAUGGUCUCAAAAGCUCCGAUUACGGUGGUCGAUAUAAGUGCUUGACAAGACAGAAUUUUGCCGUGUUGUCCCUUUGAACAGAAGUUGAAGGGACUUAUGGUGACUUCAUUGGAAUUGAUGAAAACAGCUGCCUCAACGACGAGGGCGAAAAUCAUCUCUGUCAAAAUAACGAGGAGAGCAAACCACAGCGAUAACAACCUGCAUCUCGUCAUCUUAGCUGUGAUCACACACACGGGAAGAUCUAUUAAGACAAGCAAAACAAAUAAAAUCAGGAUAGCUUAUUUUAUCAAGAAAGGGCACAAAUAUACCUUUUUGUACAUCAUAACAAAACAUUGAUUGUUAAGCACUGUAUUUUGAUAUUGGCAUUUGGAUAAAAUUCGACAAUAAAAAGCAAGAGUAGACCUACAACAUUCACUUUUUACUCGACUUAAACAUACAACUCUGUAUUACUUUUUCACUUUAAUGAUGGGACUAUCAAAUAUAUUUAAUUAGAUUUUAACUUACUACGCAGAUGGACAAACGUCGACUGAAAAGUUUAGUUUCACUAUUAUUAUAAUAGGCUAUCAGUUGUGAGUUGUUUGUGGGAGGAGUGACUGACCAGUUUCGGUUUGACUGUCCCUUGCACUUGGCCAACCAUCGAAUAAUUAAUUAUUAUUAUUAUUUUUUUGUCCAUGGGGUUCAUUGCCUUCUAUAAGACUAGACAGAUAUGGGUCUAAUACAGACCAGUCGUUAAAAUGGAAGAUUUGAGUCGUUAAGGAUGCUUCCAAUAUAGGCUAUGGGCUCCCGUUAGGAUCAUUUUCCUUAAUUCAAAGAUGAAACAAUUGACACUACAAACAAUACAUUAGGUAGGCUAUGUUACAUUAAUAUCCAUAUGAUUAAGUACACAAAACACAUUCACCUCUGAAAAUAGCAAUUUGUCAUUAGAUCAUCAGGCAAAAUCUGAUGUGCUAAUUGUGAAUCCAUCCUAUGAUGCCAGAGGGUUUACGACGGGAGGAGUGCUGUGUGGGGUGCACGCGCCCUUCAACUCGUUCCAAGGCGGUCUCAUCUAACGCGAAACCCCUGGAACGGGGUGCGCUAAAUGAGCGUUAUUGGCGAGACAGGGCGGGACUUUCGGUGACACGGGAUAGAAGGCGAGAAGCGAGAGAAAUGGAGGGACCUCGGAUAAGGCCGGUCCGGAUAAUGCUUUGUAGUAUGAUUAGUGAAAGAAUACGUCAUUAUUUGUCUUAUUGUUGUUGUUAUUGCUAUUGUCUCUCUCUGGAGACAGUUUACUAGCGUACAAAGCUCAUAGGAAGUAAGAUACCGGAAAUGACGUUGCAGUAGACCAGGAAUAACGCUACAAUUCAUGAUCUCCUCUCAUCCUAACAUGCACUCAUUUCUGGGCGCAACUUGACGUCAACGCGCAGUUCUCAUCCGAGUAUUAACCAAAUUAUGCACACCCUGUUUUCAUUCGGACUAUGUCUUGGGAACAUUGUACAUCUAUCCAUCUCAACUUCUCGGAGGUGUCUACCGAAUAUUUUGCUCCAAAAGUCUCAAGCCUAAAAGUAGGCUGCUAAGGACCUGCUUUGUAACAGACUGUCUCCCAACACCAUUGCAGUCAGGGAAUGUGUUUCUGAACAUAAAACUGCAUGAAGUUUGGUUGCAUGUGUGCAUCAAGUGGCCAACAAUAGAUUGAGCCAUGGGAAACGUGUUCAGCUGGCUCAUACAGCCAGUCAGUGAUGAUGAGGUGUUUCCCACCAAUCAGGAGUCUGAAGAGGGUACAGCUCCUGAGCAGGAGUCAGAGGGCUCUGAGGUCCCUAGGCCCCUGGAGACCUUACCGGAAGACAUCCUGACUAGCAUUCCUGUUGUAACAAAGGAGGCAUCUCAGUUAAUCGUGGGACUUGUUGCAGAAGCUAGCGAAGAGCUGCAAUCCGUGGCUCUUGCAGCCACAGAGGCACUUGGCAUUAUUCCAUACCCUGAAGUGCCUGAGCAGCACAAGCCUCAGGGCUUGGCAGUUGAUCUCCAGGACACCAGUGUAUUUGGAAAAGAACCUUUGAAAGAGCCAGACCCGAUUCCUCAGACUGUACCUGAACCCAAUCUGGUCAGAGAAUCUGAAGCAAACACAGAUUUUUUUCCAGAACCAGAAUCCAUCACAACUCUCCUACCAGAGAAUGUUCCUGGACUCAAACUCAUGACAGAAUCUGUACCAGCCCUGGAAUCCAUUCCAGAACCUGAAUCCAUCACAGAUAAGUUUCCAAAACCUAUUCUUGAACCCAAAUUAAUCACAGAACCAGAACCCAACUCAAAAUGUGUUGCAGAACCUGAAUCGAUCCCAGAUGAAGUACCAGGGCUUGUUCCUGAACCCGAACUCAGCACAGAUACAGAAAUAACCCCAAAAUACGUUACUGAACCUGAAUCAAUUACAGACCUACGAUCAGAGUCUAUUUCCGAAUUUAAACUCAUCACAGAUAUGGAUAUAACCAUUAAAUGUGUUCCAUGUCAAGUACAACAAUCUGUUCCUGAAUCCAAACUCAUUGCAGAAACAGAACCAACCCUAAAAUCAAUUCCAGAUUCUGAAUCAAGCACUGAUCUAUUAGUAGAACAUAUUCCUGAACCCAAAUUCGUUAUAGAAUCAGAACCAAUUCCGAAAUUUAUCACAGAGCCGGAAGCCAUUCCAGACCAAGUACCAGUACUUGUCCCUGAACCAAAACGUAUCACUGGUACAGAAAUAACCCCACCAUGUAUUACCGAAACUGAAUCACUUUCAGAGCUACGAUCAUAUUCAGAGCUAAUCCCGGAAUUUAUUCCAGAACCGGAAUCCAUCCCAGACCCAGUAGCAGAGCCUGUUCCUGAACCCAAACUCAUCACAGAUACAGAAAUAACCCAGGAAUGUACUCCAGAACCGGAAUCAAUUCAAGACCAAGUACAAGUGCCUGUUCCUGAACCCAAACUCAUCACAGAAUCAGGACGAACCCCAGAAUUCAUCCCAGAAGCUGAAACCAUAUCUUGCCCACUACCUGGAGCUGUUCCUGAACCCAAACUCACAAAAUCAGAACCAAUUGAAUUAAUCACAGGUUUGGGGCAAUCCCUAGAAUUUACUAUUCUUGAACCCAAACUCACAGAAUCAGAACCUAGUACAGAAUGCAAUAGAGAAACUGAAACUGAACCUUUUCCCGAACCCAAAUGCAUCACAGAAUCAGAAUCCAGUAGGAAAUGUGUUCCAGUACUUGCCCCCAUCCCAAGCUUGCUACCAGAAGGAAUUUGUAAAGCCAAACUCACCCCAGAAUUUAUCCCAGAACCCGAACCUAUCUCAGACAAAGUUCCAGAGCCUGUUCCUGGACCCCAACCCUUCCAACAAUCUGAACCAUCCCUAGAAUGUAUUCCAAAACCCGAAUCCAUCCCAGAAAAGGUACCUGAACCAGAAACUAAUCUAAUCACAGAAUCAAAACCAAGCACAGAUUUUCUUCCAGGACCUGCCUUCUUCCAAGAUCUACUAGCAGAACCAGUUCCUGAACCCAAACCCCUAGGAAAAGUAACACUGGGAUGUCUUCUAGAACCCAAAUGUAUCCCAUGCCAAGAACCAGGGAUUAUUUUUGAACCCAAACCCAUUACAGAAUCAGAACAAGACACUGAUUGCAACCCAGAACCUGAAUCCAUCCCAGAAAAUGUACUACCUAAUUUCAUGGCUUUUUCAGCUAAGCCAAUCACAGAAUCAAAGCCAAGCACAGAAUAUGUUCCAGAACCUGAAUCAAUUUCUGAUCUACUACCAGACCCUGUUACUGAACCAAAACUCAUAACAGAAGCAACCCCGGAAUGUCUCAUCACAGAGUCAGAGCCAAUCCCAGAAGGUUUUACACUAGAACCUGUUGCUGAACCCAGUCUCAUCACAGAGUCAGAGCCAAUCCCAGAAGUCUUAUCACAGAGUCAGAGCCAAUCCCAGACGGUUUUACACCAGAACCUGUUGCUGAACCCAGUCUCAUCACAGAGUCAGAGCCAAUCCCAGAAUGUUUUUCAACAGAACCUGAUGCUGAACCGGAACUCAUUACAGAAUCAGAACCAACUCAAAAACGUGCUCAAGAGCCUGAAUCUAUGCCCAAACAAGUACCAGAAGCUUUUCCUGAACCCAAGAUCAAGCUACAGGGCACAGAUCAAGCUACAGGGCACAGAUCAGCUGGUCCGGGAGGUUCUAUCUGAGCAAGUCAGCAAGGGAUCCACAUCGGUGGAGCCCGUAUUAGAUGGUACUUCCCAAUUUUACGUGAACCCUAUCGCUGACUAA